UGUGUGUUUGUGUGUUGUUGCAUGCUUGUAUGUGUGUGUGUGUGUGUGUGUGUGACACCUUUAAUAAAGUCAUCUCUUCUUCUGUGUUUACAGUACGACAGUGAGACCAUGUACCUGGGUAUGCAGGAGGCGGGCCUAGACUUCAUGCCAGCCAAUCAGUUCCGCGUGCCACCCAGCCCCCACCAAUCCCAGCAGAGCGCACCCAGCCCCCACCAAUCCCAGCAGAGCGCCAAGCAGACAGGCCCCGCCUCCUGGAGAAGAGAUGGCCCCCCUUCUCACCACGACGGCCACAGGCUGCACUGGUCCUACCCUGGCUUGGGAGAUGAGGACUUCAACAUCCCCCCCAUCACUCCCCCCACCAUCCCCGAACACAUGCUGCACCCUCACCUACCAGAGUCUGAGUCUGGGACAUACCACCCGCUGGCCUCCCAGAGCGGCAUGCACCCCUUCCACCUGCAGGGAAUGGACCUGCCCGGAGUCAACGGCUCCAGCAUGAUGAGCCAAGAUGGCGGCCUGCUGAGCCAAGAUGGAGGCAUGAUGUCCAGCACCCUGUCUGUGAUGCAGCAGAUGGUAAACUCCAGGUACACCAGCAACCAGCAGUCAAUGGAGGCCCUGAGACCCAGGAACCAAUCAGGUAUGGGGCAGCAGACUCAGCUGACCACCAUAAACCAAUCACAGCUCGGACUGAGCGGGAACACCCACAAUUCCCCCUCUCCUCCAGGAAGCAAGUCGGCCACGCCCUCUCCCUCCAGCUCUGUGCACGAGGAUGAUAACGACGAGUCAGUAAAGCAGGCUGAGAAGAGACCAGCGGUGGAGGCCCCCAAGCCCAAACCCAAGACUCCCAAGAAGAAGAAGAAGAAGGACCCUAACGAGCCUCAGAAGCCUGUGUCGGCCUACGCCCUCUUCUUCAGGGACACGCAGGCGGCCAUUAAGGGCCAAAACCCCAACGCCACCUUCGGGGAGGUGUCCAAGAUCGUGGCGUCCAUGUGGGACGGGCUGGGAGAGGAGCAGAAACAGGAAUACAAGAAGAAAACAGAGACGGCCAAAAAGGAAUACCUGAAGCAGCUGGCAGCUUACAGAGCCAGCCUGGUAUCCCAGCAGAGCUACAGCGAGCCAGGGGAGGUGAAGAUGUCCCAGUCCCCCUCCAUGUUAGGAUCCAAACCCCCCGUCUACCACGGGGCAGGACAGCCUGCGCCGCACCAGCACCCCCACCCCCACUCCCACCCAGGCCUUUACAUGAGCCACCCUUACCACCACCCCUCCCACCCCCAGCACCACCCCUCCCACCCCCAGCACCACCCCCAUCCCCAGCACCACCAGGCCGGCCUCAGCCCCCACCUUGGCCUCUCCAGGGGGGUGGCUCCCCGGCCCAGUGGACCCCACUCAGGAGGGCUCUCUCUGGGCAACAUGGCUGCCGCCUCACCCCCUCCUCUCCAGAUUAGUCCUCCCCUCCACAGUCACGCUCACCUGGGGCUGCAUCACCAGCAGCAGCACAGUGGACAUAGCCUCUCCCUGCACUCUCCUUCUAUGGGACAGGGGUUCCCUCUGCAGACAGAGUUUCAGAACAUGAUCAACAUGUCUCCCUCUGGAGGUCAGGGCAUGUCCCCUCCCAUGGAGUAUGGCCGAAGCGCCCCGGGACAGCAGCUGGACUGGAACGAGUUCUCCGGUAACGGAACUCACCAGAGAGACAAACUGCUAUUCCUGACCUGAUUGGACUUGGAGUCCAGCUCCAGUGACCUCAACCCCAGCUCCUGAGAGGCUCCGGCGUGAACCAGACCAUAGCUCGACCUCAACCCCAACUGGUCAAAUCGUUGUCUACUCUUUGUGUUAACUGGACCAAGGAGCUGACCACCAACACACACACACAUAUACACAAACGCACACACAAGCACACACCACCCUGCUUCUACAACUAGGGUCUAGUCAGCACAGCUAGUUUGCCAUCCUUGUGCAGAUAGUUCCAAAACAACCACAAAUAUUUAUCACGUUUCCCAGAAUCACUUUACAAAUGUGAUGUCACAAAGCCAACAUGCUGAAGGUUCCGUUGGAGUUUGAUGAUGAUUAUGAGCAGAAUUAGCCAGCCUCCUCACACAGGGUGGUUGACCACACAAGCUAACACAUAGUCAAAUCCCAGAUGUUAAUUUAGCACUUAAGGGGCCCCUGUUUAUAUCCCAUACUGAGCUAAAGGUGAACCAAAAUCACAGAUAAUCUUUUUCAAUUGAACAUAUGGACUCUCUCGUAUCUUAUCUCUCUCUCCUUCCCUCUCUCUCUCCCUCCCUCUCUCCCUCCCUCUCUCUCUCUUUCUCCCUCUCUCCCCCCUCCCCUCUGUCCCUCUCUCCCUCUCUCUUUCUCCCCUCUCUCUUUCUCUCUCUCUCUCUCUCUCUCUCUCUCCCUCUCUGCUACUCAACUGCCUUACAGAUUGUACAGUGCACCACCCUUCUUUUAUAAACUGAUGCUCAUCCUGUAAAUAUAUCAGUUUGUGUGGCUUCUACCCCCCAAGAGUUUGAAUUUUUAAAAAGAUAAGCUUUGUCUUAAAUGCUGUUUAAGAUGAAUUGGAUCACAAGAGGGAAUUUAACCAGAUUUAAGAAGGGACAUUGAUGAACAUGGCUAUUGAAGUUAUUCAGGUUUUCAUUUGGCAUGAUUUUGUCAAUACUAUGAAAUUAAUCUGUAAGAUAAAGUUGAGCAAUUGAUGUUCAACUCGAAACUGUGUGCGCACCCUUGAAAUAGGUGCUACGAAAUGUUUGAAGUUUUGUGAAAAAUAGACCAAACAAACAACAGUUUUUUUAUUUUGUACAAAACAAAAAAAUACAUUUUUGUUCGACAGUUGGCAUAGUGCUAAUCCAGUGCUAGUCCAAAUUAUUUGAGUGAGGGUGUAGAAAGCGACGUUUAUGUCGUUAAUGAGGAGCGGGGACAGAUUGGCGGCUUCUCGCGCCAUAACCCCGACAUCUGGCUCGCUCACGCGCCGCUCAGAUUGCUGCAUCCUUGCGGAGCUUGUUCGUGGUGCGCGGCUGUGCGCGUGCCUAUUUAUAAAACAAUGAGAACUUGUAGGUGUUUUUUUUUUUUUAAGUUGAUAUGUUUAGAUAAUGAUAAUGAUGGAUGUCACUUUCUCUCUCUGUUCAAUUUAUUAUUUGGCAGAAACGACUCCAGGCAAAAAUGUGAAGAAUUCUUAUCUUAUUUUUAGUUUCUGUUUUAUUCUAAUGUGUUCUAAUGAAAAUAAAGUAAACCUGCAUUUAUGUGCAGUAAUCACUC